ACAAGACGAGUUGAGAUAACUUAAAUAUUGUAUUCAAUUUAUUUGCGUUGCCAAAUUUGUUGCUGCCUUUGUCGAAUUGCCCAAACAUGUGGCUCACCGAUUGCGGCACGAUGACACGCUACAAACAGACCGAAUUUACGGAAGAUGAUUCAAGUUCAAUUGGCGGCAUUCAGCUUAACGAGGCGACCGGUCACACCGGCAUGCAGAUACGCUAUCACACGGCGCGGGCCACUUGGAAUUGGCGUUCGAGAAAUAGGACCGAAAAAUGGCUGUUGAUUACAACUUUUGUCAUGACCAUAGUCAUCUUAACGCUGCUCACCAUGAUACUAUCGAACAGUUCCGAUAAUACCAAUCACGUAGUGCACGUUCAGCCACAUAAGAAGGAUUGUUUGACGGCGGACGAGUUGCCCUGCCUGAACGAGCACUGCAUCUUUGCGUCGAGCGAGAUUCUGAAGUCCAUAGAUGCCAGCAUCGAUCCCUGCGAUGACUUCUAUGGCUAUGCCUGCAAUCAAUGGAUCAAAAACAAUCCCAUACCGGAGGGCAAGUCCACCUGGGGCACAUUUGGCAAGCUGGAGCAGAUGAAUCAGCUGAUCAUUCGCAACGUGCUGGAGAAGCCAGCGAAGACGUUCAAGUCGGAGGCGGAACGCAAGGCCAAGGUCUACUAUGAGUCCUGCCUGGAUGUGGAUGAGCAUAUGGAGAAACUGGGCGCCAAGCCAAUGAUCGAUCUGCUGAAGCAAAUCGGUGGCUGGAACGUAACGCAAACCGGCUUCAAUGUGACCAACUGGAAGCUGGGCAAUACCCUGAAAAUACUGCACAACAAAUAUAAUUUCAAUUGCCUGUUUGGCUGGGCCAUUGGGGAGGAUGACAAGAACUCGACCCGUCAUGUCAUACAGAUCGAUCAGGGCGGCCUGACCCUGCCCACCGCCGACUACUACAACAACAAGACGGACAUCCAUCGCAAGGUGCUCAGCGAGUACAUCGAGUACAUGACCAAGGUCUGUGUGCUCCUGGGCGCCAACGAGACCACAGCACGCAUCCAAAUGGAGGCGGUGAUCAAUUUUGAGAAGAAGCUGGCCAACAUCACCAUUCCAAUGGAGGAUCGACGCAACGAGGAGGCCAUGUAUCAUCCCAUGAAGCUCAAGGAUCUGAUUAAGCUGGCGCCGUUCCUCAACUGGACGGAUCACUUUGACAAUGCCAUGCAAAUGGUGAACAGGCGCGUCACCGAUGAGGAAAUUGUCGUCGUCUAUGCGCCCGAUUUUCUCAAGAACCUCUCCAACAUCAUCUUGAACAUGCAAAAAACGGAAGCGGGCAAAAUCACGCUGAACAACUAUCUGAUUUGGCAGGCGGUGCGCACGCUGACCAGCUGCUUGUCGAAGCCCUUCCGGGAUGCGUAUAAGGGCGUGCGCAAGGCGCUGAUGGGCUCCGAUGGCGGCGAGGAGGUGUGGCGCUAUUGCGUCUCUGAUACGAACAAUGUGAUUGGCUUUGCCGUGGGCGCGAUAUUCGUGCGUCAGGCAUUCCAUGGCGUGUCCAAGCCAGCGGCGGAGCAAAUGAUUGGCGAGAUACGUGAGGCCUUUAAAAUGAAUCUGCAGAAUCUCAGCUGGGUGGACAAGCAGACGCGCGAGCGCGCCAUUGAGAAGGCCAACGAGAUCUCCGAUAUGAUCGGCUUUCCCGACUACAUCCUCAACUCCGACGAACUGGACAAGAAGUAUGAGGAGCUGAAUAUCACAGCGAAUGCGUACUUCGAGAACAACAUCCAGGUGGCCAUCUACAAUCUGAAGAGCAAUCUGAAGCGACUGGACCAGCCGGUGAAUAAGACCAAUUGGGGCAUGACACCGCAAACGGUGAAUGCCUACUACACGCCCACCAAGAAUCAAAUCGUCUUUCCCGCCGGCAUCCUGCAAAAGCCCUUCUUCGACAUCAACAACCCCAAGAGCCUGAACUUUGGCGCCAUGGGCGUGGUCAUGGGCCACGAGCUGACGCACGCCUUCGACGAUCAGGGCCGUGAAUACGAUAAGUUCGGCAACAUCAAUCGCUGGUGGGAUGCCAAGAGCAUCGAACGCUUCAACGAGAAGGCCGAGUGCAUUGCCAACCAGUACAGUGGCUACAAGCUCAACGGACGCAAUCUGAACGGCAAGCAGACAUUGGGCGAGAACAUAGCCGACAAUGGUGGGUUGAAGGCGGCCUAUCAUGCCUAUAUGAAGACCAAGCUCGAUAAGAAUGCGGACAUUCUGAAGCUGCCCGGCCUGAACUUGACGCAUCCCCAACUCUUCUUUGUCUCCUUUGCACAGGUCUGGUGCUCCAGCACCACAGAUGAGACCAAUUUGCUGCAAAUGGAAAAGGAUCCCCAUUCGCCGUCACAGUUCCGGGUCAUUGGCACACUGUCCAACAUGAAGGAGUUCGCCGAUGUCUUCAACUGCAAGGCCGACACUCGCAUGAAUCCGACCAAGAAGUGUGAAGUCUGGUAAAGCGAUUGAUUCGACACACAGAUCUCACAAUCUAUUUUUCCACACACACACACACUAAAAACGAGACAAGUUGAAAUAUCAAAGAGAAGAAUUUUACGAACCGCC